AUGAUUCAGAAUGGCCAGAAGUCACCCUCUGAACAUCGUCCACGGUUUCCACCGCCUGAGCCUGAAUCUCUUUUAUGGAAAGAGGUAGACAAGCUGGUCACUUGCAGCAAGAAGCGAGACCGCGCCUCCCAGGUCAGGGGACCCCAGUGCCACACCAACUGCAUCGAGGCCCCCCUGUCCCGGCUAUUCCGCAAAUUGGGGCGCUUAGUGGGCAAGUACCCCUGGGUUUUUCUGCUGCUGCCGGUGUUGCUGUCGGCCGGCCUGGGAAGUGGCUUUAUGUUCCUGCAGAAGCUCAAAACGGACGAUAUUGAGGAGCAAUUCACGCCUGUUGGGGGCCCGGCGAAGGGAGAGAGGAGCCUGGCCCAGGAGUAUUUUCCUACCAACGACUCGGGUAGCUUUUCGGCGUCCAGGCUCACAACAGAGGGCUCGUUCGCCUCGCUCCUGGUAGUCUCUACCUCGGACUCGUUGCUGACAACACCGGCUUGGGACGAGGUCAGGUUGCUGGACGCCAACGUGAGGAACCUAAGUAUAAAGGACGCCGAAGGGGUUUCCUUCACCUACGAAAGCCUGUGCGCCCAGACGCUCGAUGGCUGCAGCCUCCCCAACCCGCUUCUGGAAUUUCAGCCUGUGUCCACGAACCUUACUUUCCCCGUCCUGGUGGUAAAUAGCACUACCUCGGUCUUUCUGGGCAACCUGGUUGGGGGCGUGGAACUGGGGUCCGGGAUAAGCCCCAGCAGGAAUCUGGAGAAGGCUAAGGCUCUGAAGCUGAUAUACUACCUGCGCGAAGACGCAGCACCCGACGGUGAACUGAGCCGCGAAUGGCUGAGCGCUUUCCUCCGGGACUUCCCGUUGAUGCUGCAGGACCUGCGGCUGGAAAACUUGGAGGUGUUCUACUUUACAUCGCUAUCCAGACAGGAGGAAUUCGAAGGAAAUGUGAAGGAAGUCAUUCCUUUGUUUUCUGUCUCCUGUUUUCUCAUCAUAUUCUUUUCAGUGGUCUCGUGUUAUAGGAUGAACCACAUAAUCAGCAAAAUGUGGGUGGCAGCCUUUGGAGUCAUUUCAGCUGGUUUAGCAGUGGUGAGCAGCUUUGGCCUCUUGCUGUAUUGUGGGGUGCCAUUUGUUGUCACAGUUGCCAAUGCAGUGUUUCUUAUUCUAGGAGUUGGUGUUGAUGACAUCUUCAUCAUGGUUUCUGCCUGGCAGCAGACCAAACUCAUACAUAACAUCGAAGAGAGGCUGGCUGACACCUAUGCAGAGGCAGCUGUGUCCAUUACAGUCACCACGUUGACUGAUGUCCUUGCCUUCUAUAUUGGGAUAAUGACCUCUUUCAAAUCUGUACAGUCCUUUUGUAUCUAUACAGGAACAACCCUUCUUUUUUGCUUUUUAUAUAACAUUACCUGUUUUGGAGCAUUUCUUGCCCUUAAUGGUAAAGUCGAAGUCUAUCUGAGUCAAUUUGUCUUUCAACAGGAACAGGGCAGAUGUUCAGCUGCAAAAAAGAUCCUCUGUAGAAAAGGCCUUUAUGUCUCACCAAAUGGUAAAGAAGAAAUCCAUGCAAUGAAUACAUUCUUUAGGAAGUAUUAUGGCCCCUUGCUUACCAACAUCUGGUCUAAGUUGUUUGUGGUGCUGCUGUAUGCUGGCUACCUGGCUGCUAGCAUCUAUGGGUGUUUCCAAAUCCAAGAAGGUAUAGACCUUCGAAACCUGGCCACUGAUAACUCCUAUGUCAUUCCUUAUUAUUCUAUGGAAAAGAAAUAUUUUUCAGAAUUUGGUCCCAGGAUCAUGGUUUUUAUCACUAAAUCUGUACCAUAUUGGGAUGAAAUCACUCGGAACAAUUUGGACACUUGUAUAAAAGACUUAGAAAGCAAUCAAUUUGUGAGUGAAACUUUCUCAGAUUCUUGGUUAAGGACAUAUGAGAACUAUUUAAAAGGUAUACACCAAAAUAUAAAUAAUAGGACUAUUUUUGUCAGAGACUUAAGCCAAUUUUUAAAACUCAUUCCAGAGUAUAAAGGGGAUGUUCAAGUUAAUGAAACUGCAAAAGAAAUAUUGUCUUCACGAUCCUUCAUUCAGUCAAUAAAUGUCAGUACUGCAGUAAAAGAAAAGAUGAUGUUAAACCAACUAAGAAGUACUGCUGCACAGUGUGACAUUCCCCUUACUGUGUAUCACCCAUCAUUUAUCUAUUACGAUCAGUAUUCUGUGAUCAUAGACAACACGAUUCAAAAUGUGGUUGUUGCCGCUGCCGCCGUGUUGAUCAUUUCCUUAUUAUUCAUUCCCAAUCCACUAUGUUCUUUGUGGGUGACGUUUGCUAUUUCAUCUGUGAUUGUGGGUGUGGCAGGUUUCAUGUCAUAUUGGGAUGUCAAUCUUGAUUCCAUAUCCAUGAUCAACCUUAUCAUUUGUAUUGGGUUUUCAGUAGACUUUUCAGCUCAUAUUUCCUAUGCAUUUGUUUCCAGUGAAAGUAUGGAUGUAAACCAAAAAGCAAUUGAGGCAUUGAAUCUUCUGGGCUACCCAGUGGUGCAAGGUGCCACUUCUACCAUAAUAGGGGUGGUUGUCUUGGCUGCGGCAAAUGCUUACAUCUUCAGGACCUCUUUCAAGAUUAUGUUUCUGGUUAUCUUGUUUGGGGCUGCUCAUGGCCUCAUCUUCAUUCCAGUGUUUUUAACCUUUUUUGGAAUUUGUAGCAGAGCCCAUGAUGCGACACCGUGUAGAGAUUCUGACUGUCCUUAA